UAUUACUCGCGGACAACAGCAUUGCCUUAUUGCCAAAAAGAGGCAUAAACACAACAAUGUUUAUUUUGUGCACGUGGAUGGAAGCACAUCCCUGCAAUUUCGUUGUACUGACUCUGUUUGCAAAUCUGCUUCCUGUGGAAAAUUUGCAACAUACACAAUCACAAUGUUGGAACGUCAAGUCAUGGAAUUGAUACAUUCUUCGUUUCAAGUAUCAACUGCUUUGCCUAACAAUGAAGCUGCCAAAAUGAAUAUUUCUCUCGAGGAUAUCAAUCUACCAGAUGAAGAAGACAUAUCGUGCACGGCUUUGCCUUCUAACCAGACGCCUGUCAUACAGCAAAUCAUAAACGGGGACGUAUUACAAAGCGAUCUGGUCAUCGUACGCCAUAAACGGCACAUUAACGGAACAUGGCUGUUAACAAUACAGGACGCAUUUAAUUUAACAUCGAAUGUCCAGAUCGACAGAAGUCUAAAUACUUUAAUCGAAGCAGCAGUUCUUCCCAAAGUCGCAAAACUGAUAAACGUCAGCGUGAUUCACACUUCACCGGAAAAAUUUCUGUUCAUUCAAAGUUUCCAACUACUCGAUACCGCCGCAGACAGAAUUCAAAAAAUGGUAGAUGAAUGGGAACCGAUUGGCAUUAAACGAGAAAACUUUCGCACGUCGAAAGAAAUGUUGAUUAUCGAACUGAAUCUGGAAUCAGCCAACUGUACGAUCGAUGGGGUCAUCUCAAAUGUAAAAGGACCCACGAAAUGGUUCAAAGACGGAAAGGCUGGAGAGUUCCUCUCCUUCGAUAUAGCAGACCAAAGUGCUAAAAUUCGCGGUGUUAUGUUCCAGGACACAAUCGCAGACUAUUCGCAAUUUUUCAAAGAAGUACCACCGUCCCGCAGCGCCGCAGUCCCGCAGCGCCGCAGUCCCGCAAACCGCAGUCCCGCAACCGCAAGUUCUGCAACGCCGCAGACCGCAGCCCUGCAUAUACGCAGCCCGGCAUUCCCGCAGCGCCGCACACCGCAGUCCAGCAUACAAGCAGGCCCGCAGUAUGCAGCCCAGCAUAUACGCAGCUCGGCAUUUCCACAGCGCCGCAUACCGCAGCCCAGCAUACAAGCAGGCCCGCAGUAUGGAGCCUCGUAUCCCGGCAUGCUUGCAUUCUAG